CGGGUAUAAAUCUUGUUAGAAAUCGGCUGGAAUUGUGAUGUCAACUUCGUUACAUGAAUGGUGUAAGGAUCAUCCAGAAGAGAAAAAUUGUGAUACAUACAUAUGGAAUUUUAAAUUUCAUCAAAAUAUCAAACAACGGGUAUAAAUCUUGUUAGAAAUCGGCUGGAAUUGUGAUGUCAACUUCAUUACUUCAUUCAUGAAUAUUUGCAGUGUAAGGAUCGUCCAGAAGAGAAAAUUUGUGAUACAUAUAUAUAUGGAAUUUUAAAUUUAAUCAAAAUAUCAACUUCCUUCUUAAAACUGGAAGAAGAAAAAGCGAAGGAGAGGAGGAACAUAACGUUCGUGAUCGAUGUCCGUAUAAUCCUGACUAUAAAUUUCCAUCUCGUUGACGUCAUUCCGUGAACUAUAUCGGGACAAAAGCUCGAUCGUGCGAGAGGCUCCCAAAGGACUAUCGCUAUGAGAGAGAAAAGAUGUAAAUUGAAAAUAAAAGAACAGAAAAUAAAGGAAAAUAUAAAAAACGAUAAUAAAGAAAAUAAUAAAGAAGAUAAUAAAGAAGAUAUAUUAAUUGAACCUUGUAAUAAAAUGGAUCCAGAAGAUAAGAGCAAAAAAAGCAAGAUUCAUUUACAAUUAAUAUCAAGUUUUAUAGUUAAUCUAGCAUUAUUCUCCGCCGGAAUUUCCGUCGGUUGGCCAACGAUCGCUGUUCCAAAGUUGGAAAAUGAAAGCUCUUCCAAUAUUCAUAUAAGUCAAAAUGAUGGAAUUUUAAUAAUUAACGCGAUACCGGUAGGCGCCAUUGUUGGAUCAAUUUUAUCCGGUUUAUUACUGAACGUUGUCGGCAGAAAAUGGUUUCUCUACGCGACCAGCGCACCAUUCAUAAUCUGUUGGUUGCUCACUUAUUUCGCAAAUUCUUGGAUUGAAAUUUUAAUAGCGAGACUGAUAUCUGGUGUAUCGGUCGGUGCCUUGUAUUCCAUGGCCCCAUUGUAUAUAGGAGAAUUGGUGGAGCCAAGAAUCAGAGGAGCGAGUAAUGCUAUGCUAUCAUUCAUGUUUAAUCUGGGAUGCAUGUUCGUAUUCGGUCUUCAACCAAUUUUAAGCAAGGAGAUUCUGUCAUUUAUCAAUUUAAUACCGAUAGUCAUAUUUCUCCUAACUAUGCCAUGGUUACCAGAAUCGCCUUAUUAUUAUUGCAAAAAAAACAAGAUAGAAUCCGCAGCGAUAACUUUGGUAUGGCUAAGACGCAAGGAGGAUAACAAGGAAGAGUUAAAGGAGAUAAAUGAAUUGAUAAGCACAGAAAAUCAAGAUGGCUUCAAAAAAUUCGGAAAAGCACCAUACGGGAAAGCACUGAUGCUUCUACUACUGCUGAUGGCGGCUCAACAAUUGUCAGGAUUUGCAGCCAUUUUAUUCAACAGCGGCGAAUUGAUUAAAAAAUUCAAUGUACAAUUUGAACAAAAUUAUCUCCUUCUUAUAAUAAGCGCGAUAUCUUUAGUUGCCAGCUUAUUAUCCGCGCUUACCGUCGACAAAAUCGGCAGAAAAUCUGUUUUUCUAAUAUCGACAUACGGCACUGUUCUAUGCCUUCUCGUGAUUGGUGCCUAUUUCUUUGUCGAACAUAUAGGGAUAAAAGUCAACAGUUAUUCCACGAUCCCAUUGGUCGCUUUUGCGAUUUACUUUAUUACUUUCUCGUACGGUUUAACCUCAAUUCCAUAUAUAGUCUCUUCGGAAAUUUUCCUGACAAACAUGAAAAAUUGGGCAACCAUGUUCUCCAACAUUUUUGGAUUCAUAUUGUUCAUAAUCGUAUAUAACGUUUAUAGGGUUUUGAGCGACAAAUAUGGAUACGUAAUAUUUCUUGUCUUUGGCGCUAUCGAGUUUCUAAUUGGCAUCAUCUUAAACAUAGCAUUACCGGAAACAUCGUCCAAAUCUUUUAACCAGAUUCAGAAUAUAUUGAAAGGAUAAAGACGAAAUAAAGGAAAGACAAUAAAUGAUUUGCAUUCUAUUUAUUCAAUUUUCAUCUAUGGUUCUCUUUAUAUCGUUGAAAUCUCUGUUUCAAAUUGUUGAAUUGCCUAGACAAAAACUUUCGAGAAAAUAAGUAUUUCAAAUGUAUUCGCGUCUAUGAAUUUGAUCAAAAACAAAUUUCAAAAAGAAAUGUUAACACAAAACAAAAAUAAAAA